GUUGAUUGGCCUUGCAGUUUAGAAUGCUACUUCGCCGAGGUCCGUACAUGUGGAAUUUAUACUGAUUACGGUGCACCCCAACAUCAUUGCUCAUCUGCAUCAAACAGAAAAAUGUCUGGACGUGGCAAAGGAGGCAAGGGUCUUGGAAAGGGAGGCGCUAAGCGUCAUCGCAAGGUGUUGCGUGACAACAUCCAGGGCAUCACCAAGCCCGCCAUUCGUCGUCUGGCCCGCCGUGGUGGUGUCAAGCGUAUCUCUGGUCUCAUCUACGAGGAGACCCGUGGUGUCCUCAAGGUCUUCCUGGAGAACGUCAUCCGUGAUGCCGUCACCUACACCGAGCACGCCAAGCGCAAGACCGUCACCGCCAUGGACGUUGUCUACGCUCUGAAGCGCCAGGGUCGCACUCUGUACGGCUUCGGCGGCUAGACUCGUCAGCUCGCAUCAUCUAAAUACCCGGCCCUUUUCAGGGCCACCCACCUAUUCCAGAAAGAGCUGCAUCCAAUCACAGUUGCAAGUCUUGUAUUAGACUUAAACCUGAUUACACGGUUUUACUAACAUUAAAAUUACUAACAUUAAAAUGAA